AUGUCAGCGGUGGCGCUGUUGCUGCUGCUGGUAGCCGUUGCAGAGUGUCAGAUACAUCCGGACAUCAUCGAGGAUGCCCACCUAGAUUCGCUUGGUUUGCUUCGCAAAUACGGCUACCCGGCCGAAGAGCACAUCGUUGAAACGGAUGAUGGGUACCUGCUGGGCGUGCACCGAUGUCCUGGCAGUCCGUUGUCACCACCGGCUCCGGGAAAACCCGUCGUGCUGCUGCAGCAUGGUAUGCUUAGCUCGUCUGCCGACUACAUCCUUAUGGGCCCGGAUACCAGCCUGGUGUACAUGUUGGCCGACGCCGGGUACGAUGUGUGGAUGGGAAAUGCCCGUGGUAAUCGCUACUCGCGCCGUCACCGAUUCCGUAGCAAUGAGACGCAGACGUUCUGGGACUUUUCCUGGCACGAGGUUGGCAGCAUCGACAUCCCGAACGUGAUCGAUUACAUUAUGGUGCGCACGGGGCAACAAUCGAUACAGUACGUCGGACACUCGCAGGGUACGACCGCGUAUUGGGUCAUGAUGUCCCAACAUCCGUAUUAUAACCGACGCAUCAAGAGCAUGCACGCACUCGCCCCGGCCGCCUAUAUGCACAACACGCGCAGUCCCUACGUGCUGUUCCUGGCCACGUUCCUUUACACCACCGAUUUGAUGCUGCAGAUGAUGGGCACCUGGUGGUUCGAGCCGACUAACGAGAUGAACAUUCAGGGAGGCCUACAGAACUGCCACGAUGGCGCUCCCUUCCAGGCGAUGUGUUCAAUCAACACGUUCCUGAUUGCCGGCUUCAACACGGAGGAAGUGAACUCGACUAUGCUGCCCGUCAUCCACGCCCAUUCACCAGCGGGAGCCUCGACGAUGCAGAUGAUCCACCACGCGCAAACGAUUCGCUCGCGCAUCUUCCGCCAGUACGAUCACGGUGCGAUGAAUAUGAUCCGGUACGGACAGCUCACACCACCGGUGUACAAUCUGGCCAAUGUGCAAGCUCCGACCCUGUUCUACCACAGCACCAACGACUGGAUGGCCGCACCGGGUGAUGUGGAGCUGCUGUACCGCGAGCUUCCGAAUGUGGUGAAGCGCUAUCUGGUGCCGCUUCCGGCGUUCAACCAUCUGGACUUUGUGUGGGCCAUCAACGUGCGCUCGUUACUGUACAACGAACUGCUUGCCGACUUGCUGGCUUAUGUGUGA